AUGGCAUAUCGACCGCCCCACCACCACAACCACAGCAGGGAAGGUGGUGGCAGUGGCAGCAGCAGCAGCAGCUGGGGCAGUGGGCCUCCUGCGCCACACCACCAGCACCACCACUCGCCAUAUCGACCACCAUCGUUUUCCCACAGCAGACAGUCCCAUCCACCACCACACCACCAGCACCACCAUGAACACCGACCGCCACACAGCCCGUUCUCCCACAGGCGCCCGCCGUAUCCGCACCACGACUCGCCACAGCACCACCACCAGCAACACCACCACCAACAGUAUGACUCGCCACGCGCCCAAAGGCGAUGGAGUGAAAGUCACAUGCGAAUGCCCCAUCCAGGGUCCGUAUUGUCAUCGCCGGCAGCGGUUCACUCACCUGCGGGGCCAAGGCGAUGGCAGGACGCAAAAAGGCGCAACAGCACCAGCGAUGGAGCGAAUAAAUGGACGGUUCACACAGACUCGAGAACGGGCAGGACUUACUACUUCAACACAGAAACGCGCACGUCACAAUGGCACAAACCGGCGGAGCUGCAUGAGGACGGGAGCGGCGAGCCCACCCCGAAGCGGCCGCCGCCGUCGGUGGUUGACUCACCGGAUAUGGCGGGCGUGCGACGCACCGUGUCCAUGCCAGCCUCGUUCUCGCCCGUGGGGCCAGCAAACACCAUGUCACCAGCACAACCUUCCCCAUUAUCUACCCCACUAGACCAGCCGAAUGCGCGGGAGCCGACGCCUGUCGAUCUGCUUGUUGAGGCGACAAUGGCCGGGUUUUCCGAAACGCAGCAGCUGUGGGCGCGCGAGCUUGAUGUGGCCGUGCACGCCACGCGCCAGCGUGUCUUGGAGCGCUGUCGUGCCCGUCUCGAACACAGAUCACGUGUUGGAUCAAUGUCCUGACGCUGCCUUUUUGUUGUUGUUGUUGUUGUUGUUGUUGUUG